AUGAUAACACUUCAAAGCAUUUGGUUUUAUCUAUUGGCAAAUGUUUUUUUUCUUCAAUGUUUACCAGCUCAAAGUGGUCAAUAUUAUAUCGUAAAACCUCAUGAUUUAUCAGCACUACUCGGCUCAAAUGUAACAAUUCCAUGUGUUAUUCAACCUCCACAUGGCGAUGUACAGUGGACAAAAGAUGGACUAGCAUUAGGUUAUGAUCGCUCUUUGGCUGCAUUUCCAUCUUGGAAAAUUGUUGGCUCAGAAUCAGAUGGCCAAUUUAAUUUUUUUAUCGAUGGAUUAAAAUUAGAAGAUGAAGGUCUAUUCGCUUGUGAAGUAUCACCAUUCAUGGAUUAUCCAGCUCUCAAAGAAGUGGCGAAUUUAAGAGUACUAGUGAAACCAUCUCGUGUUCAAAUAAAUGAUCGUCCAACAGAUUCUAGUAAAAUUCAGCCAGUAAGUAUUCGGUAUGAUGAACCAACAUAUCAGGUUAAUUGUAAAGUGGAUGGAGCAAAACCAGCAGCACAAAUUAAAUGGUUGAAUGAAAGUGGACACGAAUUUUAUGGAACAUCGAGAACUUAUCAACAAGGUCGAUUAUACUCUACGAUUAGUACACUGCAUUUACAGCCGAGUUUAACAUUGCAUAAGAAAAAGUUUACAUGUGAUGUUCGACAUGAAACGUUGACAAAUGGAGAUAAAUUAAGAACUGCAUUCGAAGUGGAAGUUACAGCUCCUCCAUCUAGCCCAGUUAUUUCUGGUUAUACAAGCGGUCAGCGUCUAUUAAAUGGCACUCAGUUACAACUAUCUUGUGUGGCACGUGGUGGUUAUCCACUAUCUCGUGUUAUUUGGUAUCGUUUACUUCCAAGUACUAAUCCUGAAGGUGGACCCAUUGAAGAAAAAUUAAUUGAUAAUUCGUUUAACGUUAAUUCGGACUAUACUGAAAAUAACUAUACGUUUAUCGUUACACCUCAAGACAAUAAUUCAACAUUGAAAUGUGAUGUAAUCAAUUCGUAUUUGUAUACACUUGGAAAACAAAUGAAUAACAGGAUUACUAUGCAAGUUAAUUUUGGUCCAUCUGAAGUGUUCAUGCACGAUAAUACACCAAAUUCAACUACCACUAUCGUUGAUGGUACAACUCGCCAAUUUGUCUGCAAUUCAACAACGUCUAAUCCACGACCGCUCCUUUUAUGGAAAUUAGAUAAUCAAAUUUUGACACCUGACGUACCACCGAAAGAUGAAGUAGGCCUCUACGGUGGUACACGAGUACAAAUUGUUAAAACAAUGGGAAUCGAUACAAGAUUGAAAGAACAUCAUGGAAAACAGUUAAUUUGUGAGGGAAAAAAUCCAGAAACUGGACAUACGGUGCAAGAUAGAACAUUUCUUAAUAUUAUCUAUGAUGCAAAUGAUAUUGAAAUCCAUGGAUUUCAAAAUAAUCAAAUUGUUAAAGCUGGCGAGACAGUAUCUAUUGAGUGUUUGUUGCGAGGUGGAAAUCCAGUAGGGAGAGUUGAUUGGUACAAAGGUGAAAGAUUUCUUCGUAGCGAAUACAAGACGGAUGCGAAAUAUGCGUUAGCUAAAAUUGAAUUUGAAGCUCUACCAUCAGAUGAUAACGUUACAUUGACCUGUAAAGGACAAGUUCAUGAUUUUAAAGAAAAAUCAGCAUCCAUUAAGUUGAGAGUAUUUUUUCUACCACUGGAUGUAACUAUAUUGGAUAAUCAACGGUUAAAUGCUCUCACGGUUGGUGAUAAACCUGAAUUCACCUGCAAAACGACUCAUUCAAAUCCUCAAAGUCAAUUGAGGGUAUAUCGCCAAGGCAAUGAUGGUAGACACUAUUUGGAUACAACAGAUGAAAUGAAUAUCAAAGAAAAUGGAGGAUUUAUUAACAGUGUUAAAUUUCAAUUACCAUCAGUGGAUAUCACAUACCAUGGUAAUUUUUUAACGUGCGAAUCAUCGAUCGAUAUCAAUGGAGAAAUUAUAACGAAACAUGCUUCUUAUGUCAUCAACGUUAAUCAUAAACCUCAUUUUAAUGAUUAUGAUCCGUUCGCUGAUGUUAAAGAGAAUCAAUCAUUCAAUUUAACUCUAGAAGCAAUUGGUUAUCCGAUGCCUGUCACUUAUACUUGGUAUCAUCCAAGUGGAAGAGCAUUAGUCACCGGUCAAGCAUACACUGUACAACAAGGUCAUUUAUCAAUACGAUCGAUUACGAAAACAGAUUUGGGUGUUUAUAGAUGUCAAGCAACAAAUACAAUCGGAACGACAGAAACAAAUUUCACGCUCAAUGUCCUAUAUGCUCCAGUAGUUACGAAAACUAUUGGCUUUUCAUCCUUUGAUGCGGUGACGCCAGGUGCUACGGUUACAUUAAAAUGUCAAAUUGAGGCAAAUCCCAUUAAUCUAAGCAAUAUCAGAUGGUUUAAGAAUUCUGUUCCAAUCAUUCAAAAUGGCAUUCGUUUUGAACGUCAAUUUGUAUUGAACGAAGCGAGUUUGAUCAUUCGUAGUGUAAGAAAAGAAGAUGCCGGCCAGUAUACAUGUGAAAUUGAAAAUCCAUUUGGACAAAAUCAAGCUAAUGUACCUCUUGUUGUAAAAUAUCCUCCGGAGAUAACUCGUGAUCCAAAAUAUUCAAAAGCGGCAACUGAUAGUGAUCGUUUUUUAACAGCUGAAUUACACUGUGGAAUAUCUGCUCUACCGAAACCAACUGUGCAGUGGUACAAGGUGAAAGAUAGUGUUAUACUGACUGUUGCAAAUAUGGAAUAUGCUAAUAUCUUUUCAUUACAGGGUCCUGAUGAACUUCCAUUAAUAUCAAAAUAUCGUACAGUAAUAAACGAUUUACCAUCAACAUCGACACCUCAAACACUCUUUACAUACGAUAGUGUUUUAUUCAUCGCCAAUGUAACAAAAGAAGAUCACGGAACAUAUCGUUGUAAAGCGGAUAACCAAUUAGGAACGGAUAUAGCUUAUGUACAAUUAACAGGAUUAACUCGUCCUGAUACUCCUACAGAUUUACAAGCGCGAAAUGUUACUCAUAACAGUAUUUUACUUCAAUGGCAACCCGGUUUUGAUGGCGGUGCUCCUCAACAAUUUCAAAUACGUUAUCGACUACAAGCAAAUGACCGAUACCAUUAUGAAGAUAUACCACCACGUGCCACAGCAGUAGCAGUUAAAAAUUUAGAAAUUGGGACCACAUAUUUAUUUGCUGUUCGAUCAAAUAAUAGUUAUCAUCUGAGUCCAUGGACCGAUGAAUUUUCCAUAACAACUAGUCGUGAUGUUCCUCAAUCCAUUUAUCCAUUUAUACCUCAAACUCGUUUUUCAUUAACUGUCAUUUUGGUUGUUUGUGCACUUGGUAUUUUACUAUUAUUAUUUAACAUAAUUUUAAUCGCCAUAUUCGUUAAACGAAGAAGAAAAAAAUCGGAUAAUGAUAGUACAACAGGCACUAAUGAAACGGAAGCAAAUACUGUUGAAAUAUUUCAACCACCACCCAUAUUUACUGAUGAUAAUUCUGGAUAUCCGUUCAAUACCUAUCAACGAUAUGAUGAAGAAGAUGUAAAACGACCAUUUGUCACUCACGCAACGACGGGAACAAAAACGUUAAGAUUGAGUCCACAGAAUCAAAAUAGUGGAGAAAAAAGAAUAUUACAACCGCAAUCACCAUUAUGGAGAAAUAAUGAGCCAGACGACGAUGUAUCUUAUGUUGACUCCAUACGUCAACUGCAACAUUCUAUCAUAGAUGACUCGUAUGCAGCUGUCAAGAAGGGCCGUUUUUCUCCGUACGAUAAUUUACGAAUUAAUUCGCCUCAUCAUUCCAAUGAUAUAAUUACUUAUCGAAGUUUCAAAGAAAAUCGUCAAAAUAAUAAUAAUAAUAAUAAUAAUAAUAAUUCAGAUCAUAGUGACUAUCUGAGAGGACAACUUGUUUGA